GUUUCAGGUAGUGGCUUCAUCCUCUCCCAGUCCUCACGAUUUCCCAUAUUGCUAGGGUUUUAUUUUUCGCCUUCUUUUCAUCUCUCCCUAAAUUUUGCCCUUUCUCACGCUAAGCUCCCCUUUCUCUCUAACCUUCUUCCAGUCGCUUACUGGUUGCCGGCCGACGAUCUUCACUCGAUCUGUUCUUUGGUUUAACAAUUCGCCGAACUGUCAAAUGAUGUUGGGAAUUUGCGCAAGGGCUUUGAGUUCAUAUAGAUGUUACUGUGAGCUGUGAAAUAAUCUUUUAUAAAAUCCCCUCUGAUGACAGUGGAAGCAUAUUUUGAAAUAUGCGUCGACCAGCAAGAAAAUUAUCAUGAAAUAAGAUUUUGGCAUUACUUUUCUCACCACCAAUCAAUGAAGCAUAUAGUCAAGAUUUUGACAUUAUUGAUGGCCAUAUCAGCGUUGUGGAUUGGCCUCUUGCAAACAUCUAUAUUACCACAUGGCCAUGCAUGGCUGCUACCCAUCUAUUUUAUUGUCUCUCUGGGAUGCUAUGGUCUAUUGAUGGUUGGUGUCGGUCUAAUGACAUUUCCAACUUGUCCUAGAGAAGGACUGUUGCUACAACAGGACAUUGAUGAAGCCAAAGAACACCUUAAGCAAAAAGGGAUUGACAUAAAUUCUAAUUGACAGACUUCACCAUCCUCUGCCUUCUCUCCUGUUGAUCAGAUCUCUAUUUGUUUGAUCAGGGCGAAGAACACUAAACCCAUUUCAAAGCGCAUUUUUUUAUUGGAUUCUUUAAGAAAGGUAAUGAUUGUGGAUUCAUGUAUAGAACGAAGUUGUUUCUUUGAUAAUUUUGUCAGUUGGUAACAUAAUCUUUCAGUUUUUGACAGAGCUAGCAACUCUCUCUCUUAUAUAUGUUUCCAUUUCUUUAUACUACAAUGUAUAUUCAGAUGACUUUGUGAUUGAUGUUAAUGACCUCAAGUUUGAUUGUUUUGAGCUC